AUGACUGAGAAGGAUCCGCUAGUCUUAUGGUUGUUCUUGAAGGACCGCUUCAGCCAGCAGCUGACUAUUGUGCUCCCUAGAGCACAACAAGACUGGAUCAACCUACGCUUCCAAGACUUCAAGUCUAUGGCAACGUACAACUCCGCAUUGCACACGAUUGUGACCAAACUAUGUCUAUGUGGCCAGAAGAUCACUCACGCUGAUAUGAUCGAGAAGACCUUGUCCACCUUCCACCCUGGCAACAUUAAUGAGGCUCUCAUGAACAAUCAUUCUGACCAGCCUACUGGUUCCAUAGCUAUGCCUGAAGCACAUGCUAAUGUUGCUCAGAGUUUACGCAACCGCAAGAGGGGCCGUGGAAAGGGAAAGUGGAAGGGGAAGAGGGGUGCCAUGUUCAAGGUCAACGGAAAGGGAAAGCCCAAAGAAACUGAGAUUGAGAGACGUGCUGAAUACCUGCUGAUCACUAAAUUCGAUAGGUACCAAAAGUGA